GUUGCCAUGGAAAUUAUUUCCAUCACAGAGCGACGAGCCAAGUUUUGGUUGACGAGUUUAGCUCGUUAAAUGGCAUUAUUAGCUAAGGUUACGAUAGUGUAAUAGUUAGAUAUUUGAUCGAUACGUGUAGUCAUGACUGUGACGUAUGAAGACUGAUAGGCCACGCGGAACUAACUAUCGAGUGCUACAAAAGCUAAAGCUUCUGUAUUAUGGUGUAUCCCAGUUCAGCCAUGCAGUCAGACGGGGACAGUGGACUGGUAGACCUGGAGGCCCAGUUGGCCAGUAAAGAGAGGGAGUGGAAGGAGCUCCUGGCUGCAAGGGUUCAUCAACUGGAGAGUUCCCUCCAACAGGCCCAGGAGGAGUACUCCUCCCUCAGAGAACGUUACCAGCAACUGAGGGAAGAUUUCCAGUUCAACCUGGCCAUCCUGGAUGAAAGAGACAGAGAGCUAGAGAGAUAUGAUGUCAUAACUGCGAAAGCUCUGACUGUGGAACACAACAGGCAGGGGGAGCUGAACCAGCUCUGUAUGCAGGUUGCUCAGCUGGAGAGGCAGAGAGCCAGAGAAACUCAGGAGAGGCAGGAGGAGCUCAGGCUGCAGCUGGACACGCUCAAGAGCUCAAUGGCUGGUGAAAUUCAAAAGCAAACGGAGGAGUAUGACAGGAUGAAACAGGAUUUGCAGAGCAGAAUACAAGAGAUGGAAGGAGAGCUGAUCCUACAGAGACAGGAGAUGACAGCAGCUUUUGACAGUGAGCUCAGACAGCGGGAGCAUGAGUUCAAUAUAAAAAUAGAUGAGAUGUGCGCUCUGGUGCUGUCUCAUGAUCUCAAGGUGAAGCUGCUGUCUAAAGAGACUGAAGUUCACUGCCAUGCUCAGCAUCAGACUGCAGAGGCUCUUAAAGCUUCGAAGGAGUUCUGUCAGCAGAUACAAACCCAGCUGCAACACAAAGACCAGGAGAUCAAACACCUCACUAAUGUCAAGGACAACAAGAUAAAGGAGCUUGAGGACAAGCUGAAAGGGAUGGGGACCAUACUGAAGAAAGAGGAGGAUAAGCACAUUAAGAAAUAUGCAAAUGUGGUCCAGACUCUGAUGGAGUGUGAUGGACAGCUGGAGGUUCAGUAUCAGGCCCUCACAGAGCAGCUGCAGAAGGCUGAGAGACACGUCAUUAGACUACAGGGGAGCAUAGACAUUCUGGCUGCAUGUGUAUGCUGCAUACAGGAAGACCAUCGGGAGGCCAUGAAAAAGAAAGAUGAGACAAUCCAGAGCUACAAGCAGCAACUAAGUGUUGGUUUGAAGAGAGAGAGGGCCUUAGAACAGAUGCAAGUCCAGAUAGAGCUGGAGUGGCAGAGACGCUGUGAGGACAUGAAGGUGCAGUGCUACCAUGUGAAUGAGCAGCUAAUACAAGAUCUCACCAAGGCUCGAGACCAGGUUAAAGCAGAGCUGAAGGAGAAAGAACAAGAUCUGCAGGACUUGACUGUCUUACUACGUUCUGUUCAAACUGAGAGAGACCAGGCAGUACAGGGUCUCACACCAAAGAUAGAUUCUCUGGCAUCAGAAGAGAUCCGUUGUCUGCAGCAGCAGAACAGCAUCCUGCGGGCCGUGGUUAACCAGAUGAGAAAGGACAUGGAGGGUCUCACCCAUCCCCAGGCCCAGCCACAGGCCUCCUCUCCUCAGACAGUUCAGCAUUCAGAAGCCCCUGCAGCUAAAACUCAGAUGGCCACUGGAUUACCGACCCAAUCAACUGACAUCUCCUUCAAAGUCAGUGCACCAGGUGGUCUGUCCCAGGAGAAGGAUACCAAUGCCUCUGCUCUGGCAAAGCAGGAGGUCAGAAUGGCACAUAUGGAGUCUGCUCUUGCCAGCCUCAUGGAACAGAGUGCACUCGUGGGACAGCUCAGAGAGGAGAACCUGUAUUUGCCACAGCAGCAGGCGUCCAGCCUGAAGUAUGGUAGUUUGUUUGAAAAUGUGCAGAGCGCUAAAAGCAAUACCAGGCUAAAGCAGGCAGCAUCCCGUAUUGCUCGUCUGAGCAGAGAGAAACAGCAGCUGAUAGAGAUAGGCAACCGCCUCCGUGCACAAAUAACCACAGCUGGACCACAGGAACCACUGGAGCCAGAGAGGGACUUGUCCACAGAGAAACAAGGAGACCAUCAUGAUGGGCUGAUUGCUUUGGAACAGCUGCAGUACCAGCUCACCUCACAGGAGCUACAGUAUGCACUGAGGCAGAGGGCUGGCACUUUUGCUGAACAACUUCUACUUGGAAAAAACAGCCCAGAUUCUGCCACAAAAGGGGCUGCCAACCCCUGGUGCAAAGGGUUCAAAAUCACAGACAGGCCUGAGCCAAAGACUUCCACCUCACCAUCGACAACUCCACCCUGUCCCCCUCCCCUCACUGCCGCAACCUUGGUAUCAUCUUUGACAGCAACCUCUCCUUCGACCAACACAUCAAACAAGUCACUAAAACAGCCUUCUUUCACUUUAAAAACAUUUCUCGCCUCCGCCACUCACUCUCUCUCAAUGCUGCCGAAGCCCUGAUCCACGCCUUCAUUACAUCCCGCCUUGACUAUUGCAAUAGCAUCCUUUAUGGCACAAACUUCUCAAUAAACUCCAAUAUAUCCAAAACUCUGCCGCCCGCCUCCUCACUCACACCCGCUCCCGCGACCACAUCACCCCUGUCCUUCAGAACCUCCACUGGGUCCCUGUUCCACAACGCAUCCACUUCAGACUCCUCCUACUCACCCAUAAAGCCCUCCACAACCAGGCCCCCUCUUACCUCACAGACCUGCUCCACCCUUACACCCCUUCCUGCAGCCUCCGCUCUUCCAAUGCCAACCUUCUCACCGUCCCCAAGACCAAGCACAGAACCUGGGGGGACAGAGCCUUCUCCGUUGCUGCCUCCACCCUCUGGAAUUCCCUCCCAAAACUCAUCUGUGACUGCACUGACCACCCAUCAUUCAAAUCACUACUCAAAACUCACUUGUUCCGUUCUGCUUUUAAUGUUUAGCUACUUUUAUUCAUUUACUAUACUUUAUUUGUUUUUUCACUCCCAUUACUAUUCCUCUUUGUCUUCGAUGUCUUUGCUGAAAAUUGUUUUUUUGAUGUGUUUGAACUGUCUCUGUAAAGUGACUUUGAGAACUUUGAAAAGCGCUUUUUAAAUAAAAUGUAUUAAUAUUAUUAUUAUUAUUAUACAAGAUACAGAAACUGUACUUUUCAUUUAUCAGUUUACAUUUUGCUGUCUCCGUGAGUCCAGAUUUUUCAACACCCUGUAAGUGCAACAUCUGAAAAUUAACUUAU